UUUAGAAUUAAAAUAUACCAAAAUAUGCCUAGAAUUCUAACAUCGGUUUGGUUUCUUUUUUCUUCUUUAACACACUGGCUAGUUCGAUUCAGUAAUGUUUCACUUCACUUGUUUUCCUUUUUUUUCUACUUUUGGUUUCUAGCUCAGUAUUAGGCAUAUUCCAGCUUCCGAAGAAGUUUAUUUAGUUCCUGCAGGUGCUGAGAUAUGCUUUGCGCUGACCAUAUCUUCGUAUUUUGUAACGCAGAAGAUUGAGAAAACCAACCCUCUUUUCCUAUAAUCUGACAUAAAGGACACCCUCCAACAGAUUGAGAAAACCAUCCCUUUCCCAGUAAUUUUUUCUCAAUUGAGAAAAACCAUCUUCCAAUCCCUUUUCCAUACCGUCGUCCAGCACCCCGCGCCAGCCUUGCCCCGCCGGCGAAGCCACCCCCGCGCCACCUGCGGGACGCCGGAGUUCCUGGCCUGGUGUGCUGCCGGCAAGAGAGAAGAGAGGGAGAAUAAAAAGGUGAAAAAAAAGAAAAAUGAAUGUGCCACUGACAUCUUGGACCCACCUGCUAGAGGAGAUGUAAAGGGUAUUCGGAAAAUCAAUCUGCGGGAGUACCUCUCCACAAUAUUCUUAGAUUGUGGAGUUGCUCUACGGAGUAUAUAUCUUCAGGUUGAUAUGGGCGCCAGUAGUUGCAUGUGGACAACUUGGAAUUUUUCAGAUGAGUUGAUCGACAAGCAUUAUCCAUUGCUUGUUGCAGGGCCGCUAUUGGCACGCAAUCAGAAGAUUUGGCAGUAGGAGGACAUUGUUCUCUGCAGGUUCCUCUGUUUCUGAACAAAUGCAACGAGCCUAGUUGUCUGAGAAUCAGUUACCUGAUGCAGGCUCCAGGUGACUGCUCCACUGUGCCAGGCGUCUCAGAGGAAGGGAGCAAGCAUCUCAUCUGUAAGGCCAGCCAGCCAAAACGCGUUGCCUUUAAUCACUUUUCUCCUUGGUAAUCUUGCUAGCCAUUUGCUGAACAACUAUUUCCUUUGGCCUAAAGCCCUAAACCGCUGCAAAGGAGCACCUCUCUGGAGCCCUCUUCAGACUGUAAAGCGCGCGAAGGCAUCUCGCUGCAUGCCUCCUGUCCAGAUGUAUUCUCUCGACCUUGCUUCAAGCACAAGCAGGGCACGCAUUCCUUCCUUCUUCCCCCCUUCCUUCUCCUUCUCCACACAGCCAGCCAACGUUAAGCAACCUCACUACAUAUUGGCCUUGUACAUUCUUGUAGCUACCUUCUUCUUGCUGCAUCCAUUGGCAUUGGCACACAGAUACACCGGCUGAUCGAUACACUGGUUGGUUGAGCUGCCGAGAAAAGCGAACCUCUCAGCGGGGGAGGAAGGGAUCGAGUCGACAUGAACGCCGGCAUGUCGCCGCGGCCGAGCACGGACUGGGGCCCGAUCAUCGUGGCGGUGAUCCUGUUCGUGGUGCUCUCGCCGGGGCUGCUCUUCCAGCUGCCCGCGCGGACGCGGGUGGUGGAGUUCGGCAACAUGGGCACCAGCGCCAUCGCCAUCCUCGUCCACGCCGUCAUCUUCUUCUGCCUCCUCACCAUCUUCGUCGUCGCCAUCGGCGUCCACGUCUACGCCGCCUAGCCAAGCUCGCGCGGCCAGCUCGGUUCUCAGGCUGCUUUUGACAUGGUGAAUCGGUGAUGGUGUGCGCUUUGUGUAGUCCCUUGGUAAUUUGCUCGUUUUAAUUGCCCGGUUGUAUUAGCACUCAUUUGAGCUGGGGGCAGUGCAGUUGUCCGAUGAGGAUUUAGUUGUUCAUGGACACAAACUUCAAUUUGCUUGGCUUCUGUUUCUGGCAACAACCCAAUGUUUCUGUUGAGAAUUAGAGGAUGCUGUGCGUUCUGUUGUUCCUUCA